GAUAGAAAAACAUACACGUUUACCACGCCGUGUAUUCAAGAUAUGGAUGGAUUAUUAGCUGUAAAUAUAAUUCUGUAGCUGAGGAUUUGUUUUGGCCACUGGUGAUCUAAAGAAAGAAGUCGCUACCAUGACAACAGACGAGGCACAGCAGCAGAAGGAGCAGGCCCAGGACCCCGGGCCCUCAUCCCCUCAGGAAGCGCCUGCGGGCCACUCCCCCAGCUCCCCCCCGGAGGAACAGCCGCUGAAACCCCGCUCCCGAACCUCAGCAGGGCGAGGCCUCUCGCGCCUCUUCUCCUCCUUCCUCAAGCGGAGCUCGCAGUGUUCCGAGGGGGAGGGGUUCGAGACGGAGAGAGCCGAUCGGGAGAAAGGCGAGGAGCUCAAGGCGCCCAUUGCCGACCCCGAACCCGAGCUCCGGAUCGAGGGGGACCCCGCCUUCGACCAGCACUCGCUCAGCAGCUGCGAAAUACAGCUGGGCCCAGACCACAAGACGAAGGAGGAAGAGGGAGAGAAGGGAGAGGAGAAGGACCAGAGGGAAGAGGAGGAAGGCGUGGAGGAGGAGGAGGGGGACGACAGUGUUGAGGAAAAAGACGAAGAGGAGGAGGAGGAGGAGGAGGAAGGGGAGGACAAGCUAGAAGACAAGGAGGAGGAGGAGAAAGACAUAAAGGACCCCACGUCCCCCACACCCCCGCGGCGUCCAGGGGUCAUGAACUGCAAAGUCACUUUGCUGGACAACACUCUAUACGAGUGUGAGCUGGAUAAACAUGCCAAAGGCCAGGAACUGUUUGUCAGGGUGUGUGACCAUCUCAACCUGCUGGAGAGGGACUAUUAUGGGUUGGCAAUCUGGGAGACGCCCUCCGUGAAGACCUGGGUGGACCUCACAAAGGAGAUCCGCAGACAGGUGCAAGGUACCUCCUGUGACUGUACCUUCAACGUGAAGUUCUACCCACCCGAUCCGGCACACCUGACAGAGGACAUCACCAGGUACUUCCUGGUCCUGCAGCUGCGUAAGGACAUCCUGAGCGGCCGGCUGCCUUGCUCCUUCGUCACCCUGGCGUUGCUGGGCUCCUACGCCCUGCUGUCCGAGCUGGGCGAGUACGACCCCGAUCUCCACGGUAACGGCUACGCCAAAGAGCUGCGGCUUGCUCCAGGUCAGACCAGAGAGCUGGAGGAGAAGAUGAUGGAGCUUCACCGCACCUACAAGUCCAUGAGUCCGGCACAGGCAGAUAUGAUGUUUCUGGAGAAUGCCAAGAAACUAGCCAUGUACGGGGUGGACCUUCACCCAGCCAAGGAUCUGGAUGGAGUUGACAUCAUGCUGGGCGUUUGCUCCGGUGGCCUAAUGGUGUUUAAGGAGAGGCUGAGGAUCAACCGCUUCCCCUGGCCCAAGGUCCUGAAGAUCUCCUACAAGCGUAGCAGCUUCUUCAUCAAGAUCCGCCCCUCUGAGCUGGAACUUUACGAGAGCACAAUCGGCUUCAAGCUGCCAAACUACAGGGCCUCCAAGAAGUUGUGGAAAGUCUGUGUGGAGCACCACACAUUCUUCAGGCUGACCUCCACGGAAGUGGCCACCACCCCGCGCCGGUUUUUGGCCCUGGGUUCCAAGUUCCGCUACAGCGGGCGGACCCAGGCCCAGACCCGCCAGGCCAGCUCCAUGAUUGACAGGCCGGCCCCCCUCUUUCAGCGCUCAGCCAGCAAGAGGGAGUCGCGCAGCCUGGAUGGAGCGGCGAUGACCCCAGAUAAGAGCACCCGCCCCAUCAGCGCCCCCCUCAUCCCCCCCGGCCCCUCGGGGGGGGGUGCCCCGCCCCCUGCCGCCACAGCAACCCCCCGCGCCAGCCGCCAGAACGCUGCCACGCCAACAGGCCGCACCCCCCGCCAGGAGAAGAAGGCGGAGAUGAAGACGGAGAGACAGGUGGAGAGGUCCUCCAAACCAGAGCCUGCUCUGGAGGUCAAGACGGUGGCGAGGAGAGAACGGCGGGAGAAGCCGACGGUGACGGCCGCCAACGGGGAGCGCAAGUCGCAGCAUUCGCCGCGGCCGGGAUCAGAGUUGGUGCGGACGAGGAAGAAAAGGCCUAAGAAAACUGAGGCGGACACCAUUUAUAUCAGACACAGCAAUCUAAUGUUGGAGGAUUUGGAUAGGACCCAGGAGGGUAUCAUGAGGCACCACACCAGCAUCAGCGAGCUGAAGAGGAGCUUUAUGGAGUCGGUGCCAGAGCCGCGGCCCAGCGAGUGGGACAAGCGCCUGUCCACCAGCUCGCCGUUCCGCACCGCCAGCAUCAACGGGCAGCUGCAGCCAGGGUCCCCACUGGUGAAAACGCACACCGUCACCAUCUCCGACGUCACCAACGCCGUCCGCGGGGACGUGUCCGCCAUGGAGGUCCCCAUCGUGCACACGGAGACCAAAACCAUCACGUAUGAGGCGGCACAGCCAUUGGACAGUGGGGACUCCGGAGUGCUGUUGAGCGCACAGACCAUCACCUCGGAGACGGUUAGCACGACCACCACCACCCAGAUCACCAAGACGGUGAGAGGAGGAAUUUCUGAGACGCGUAUUGAGAAGAGGAUUGUCAUUACAGGCGAUGCGGAAAUCGACCAUGACCAGGCUCUAGCCCAGGCCAUAAAAGAGGCAAAGGAGCAGCACCCCGACAUGUCGGUCACCAGGGUGGUGGUGCACCAGGAGACGGAGAUAACUCCGCAGUGACUCACACCAGCCACGCCCUCAAGCUCUCGAGGGGAGCAUCAGGGGAGCCUCAAUAAUGUGAACAGACAGGCCUGCCUUCUGCCCACCCCCCAUCCUGGCGUGAUUCUAAACCAGCAUUUCCGCAGUGAGCCUCCACCACCUCCAACAACCCCGACUAGCCAACCAGAGGGUCCCCUGCACCCACCCAACCUGCCUCAACUCUCAACCCAAAACUCUGACCCUGCCUCUCCCAGCCAUUUUCUUAAGGCACUGCGGAACACUGGGUGGGGGAAAUCUUGGUUGCCUGGAAACCAACGGGCAAUCUCCAGGAUUCAUCAUCUGAUGGUCCCUGAUUUCCCACAAUUCCCCACUCUUCCUUCUCCACUCACUGCCAAAACCCGGAGUGGAUCACCAGCACCUGAAAUGGCCCCAGAUUCCACCAUCCGGUUUUUACUAAUGACAAAGGGGUUUUGUAACCUUUUACUGUUUGUAUGAGUUUUUGCACUUUUUCCCUCAGGAUGAUUAAUUGGUUAAAUUGAACCUGACCUGUCACUGAACACCCUCUAGAGGGCAGAGGGAUUUGUGGGAAACAGAGUUCUGCUUCAGCAUGUCCGGGUCAUCUGUCCAGGCUCUCAGUGAAAAAAAUUCAACAUUUUAUUUAUAAUCUUUGAAAUGGAUGUAGCCAAACUAUUUUUCUCUUUCUUAUUUUUCACUCGAGAAUGUUUGCAUUCAAUUAAAAAAAAAACUGGGC